AUGGAGACCUCAUCAAUGCUGUCUUCACUGAACGAUGAGUGUAAAUCAGACAAUUACAUUGAACCUCACUACAAGGAAUGGUAUCGAGUAGCCAUUGAUGCACUGAUCGAACAUGGGUUAGAAGCAUACCAACAAUUCCUUGCCAAGGAACGAGUAUCAGACUUUCUAGCUGAAGAAGAAAUUAAUUAUAUUUUGAAAAACGUCCAGAAAGUUUCACAAAGCACAGCACAUGGUACUGAUAACUCCUAUGAUGAUACCUCAUCUUCGGGGACUUACUGGCCCAUUGAAUCUGACGUGGAAGCUCCAAAUCUUGACUUAGGCUGGCCGUAUGUGAUGCCUGGACUGUUAGGCGGUACCCAUAUAGACCUCCUCUUUCAUCCACCAAGAGCACACUUACUUACAAUUAAGGAAACUAUUCGGAAGAUGAUAAAAGAAGCAAGAAAGGUCAUUGCUUUAGUGAUGGAUAUAUUUACAGAUGUGGACAUUUUCAAAGAAAUAGUGGAGGCAUCAACUCGAGGGAUAUCUAUAUAUAUUCUGCUUGAUGAGUCCAACUUUAAUCAUUUCCUAAACAUGACUGAAAAACAGGGCUGUCAAGUUCAACGACUCAGGAAUAUUCGAGUGCGGACAGUAAAAGGCCAAGACUAUCUUUCAAAAACAGGAGCAAAAUUUCAUGGAAAAUUAGAACAGAAGUUUUUGUUAAUUGACUGCCAGAAAGUUAUGUAUGGUUCCUACAGCUAUAUGUGGUCAUUUGAGAAAGCUCAUCUCAGCAUGGUUCAGAUAAUCACAGGACAACUUGUUGAGUCCUUCGAUGAAGAAUUUAGAACUCUCUAUGCCAGAUCCUGUGUCCCCAGUUCAUUCGCUCAGGAAGAAUCAGCAAGGGUGAAGCAUGGCAAAGCACUCUGGGAGAAUGGCACCUACCAGCGUUCAGUUUCUUCACUAGCUUCUGUUUCCAGCCAAAGAAACCUUUUUGGCAGACAGGACAAAAUUCAUAAACUAGACUCCAGUUACUUCAAAAACAGGGGGAUAUAUACUCUAAAUGAACAUGACAAAUACAGCAUAAGAAAUUAUGGCUACAAGCCUCAUUUUAUUCCUAAUUUUAAUGGUCCAAAUACAGUCCGUCAGUAUCAAUCCAGUCAGAUAAAUGAAAAUUGGAAAAGGCAUAGUUAUGCUGGGGAACAGCCAGAAACAACCCCGUACCUACUGCUUAACAGGGCUCUCAAUCGGAACAUCAAUCCUCCCCGUAAUUGGAAGAAGCCUUCAGAUAGUCUGAGUGUGGCGUCCUCAUCACGAGGUGGCUAUGCAAGCCACCAUAACACGCCUGCCCAGAGCUUUGCCGAUCGGCUUGCCCAGAGGAAAACGACCAAUCUCGCAGAAAGGAACUCAAAUGUGCGGAGGUCUUUUAAUGGGACGGAUAAUCAUAUUCGCUUUUUGCAACAACGAAUGCCAACCCUUGAACAUACCACAAAGUCAUUCUUGCGUAACUGGAGAAUCGAAUCCUACUUAAAUGAUCAUUCAGAAGCUGCACCUGAUUCAAAUGGAUCGGCUCUAGGUGACCGGUUUGAGGGCCAUGAUAGUUCUGAAAACGUGAAAGCCAAUGCCCUUUAUACUCAUUCUCGGCUUCGUUCCUCUUUUGUGUUUAAACCAACUUUACCUGAGCAGCAGGAAGUUAACAGUUGUACAACUGGCUCCUCAAAUUCAACUGUCAUUGGUUCCCAGGGAAGUGACACACCAAAGGAGGUCCCGGACACCCCUACGAGUGUACAGCAUAUGACAGACAAGCCCUUGCCAGAAUCCACCCCGAAGCUCCCACUGCAGUCCGAGGCACCCAAAAUGCACACCUUGCAGGUUCCCGAAAACCACUCAGCAGUCUCACAUCAAACUACAAACAACCAUAAUGAGUCAAACAACUAUUUGUAUACAUCCUUGUGUGUAAAUAAGCAGACAGAAAAUCUAAAGAAUCAACAAAAUGAGAAUCUGCUCAAAAGGCGAAGUUUCCCAUUCUUUGACCACUCGAAAGCCAAUUUAGAUCACGGACACAGCAAGCAUUAUGUAUAUAGUACACUUACCAGGAAUCGACAUAGACAACCAGAAAAACCCAAAGAGGACUUGCUGAAAAGUUCUAGGAGCAUGCACAAUGUGACCCAGAGCAUAGAAGGGGACAAGGAGGUCAUCAAGAGAGACCCUCCAAGUGGUUCUACCACCAAGUCAAUUUCCAUUGCUGCUUUGCUCGAAAUGAAUAAAGAUGAAACUAGCAAAGAAGUCACUUCAAAGAAGGAAGUUAAAGGUUCACCAAGUUUUUUGAAAAAGGGCUCUCAGAAGUUAAGGUCAUUACUUAGCCUUACCCCAGAGAAGAAAGAAAAUCUAUCCAAAAAUAAAGCCCCUGCCUUUUAUAGAAUGUGUAGUAGUUCCGACACGUUAGUUUCUGAAGCCGAAGAGAAUCAAAAACCAAAGAAGUCAGAACCAAAAAUUGAUUCAUCUCCUAGAAGAAAGCGUUCUUCCUCAUCCAACUCUCAAGGCAGUGUUCACAAGAGUAAGGAAGAUGUAACAGGUAGCCCCCCUCAGGGCAUCAGUUCUCCAUCUGAUGAAAGUAGUAAAACAAUACUUUCUUCCGCUCCAGUUGAAAACAAGUUCUUGGAAAGGGCAGGUGAUGCUUCUGCCCCUAGAUUUAACACCGAACAGAUCCAAUACCGAGAUUCGAAGGAGAUUAAUACGGCUCUGGCUCCUGAAAGAAAACCAGCUUCUUCUCCAAGGCCAAAGCCCAGUGAGCUGCUAAGAUCUCAUUCAACCGAUAGGCGCAUUUAUAGUCGUUUUGAACCAUUUUAUAAAAUUGAAAGCUCUAUUCAGCCAGCAAGCAACCUGCCAAGUACUGGUGUGCACCGCCCAGAAAUAAAAUCCACAGCUGUGGGCAAUAGUUACGGCAGGUCCAGCCCCCUGCUUAACUACAACACUGGCGUGUAUCACUCGUACCAGCCAAAUGAAAACAAGUUCCGAGGAUUUAUGCAGAAGUUUGGAAACUUCAUACACAAAAAUAAAUGAAAUACUGUAAAUUCAAGUAGUUUUAAAAAUAA